ACUGAAUCCUAACAACGACCCACGCUAAAUCUGUGGUGUCAGAUUUUGGUAUUUUCAUCAUAUAAAUCGAUUUUAGAGUAGUUUACUUUUUAAAAAACAAAGAGCACACAAAGAAAAUUGUGCUGGGGGACAAACACAGGUGAAAACAUGGCAACUUCAGCCGUUUGGAAGCUUGAAAGUGACAACAACUUCGCUACAAACUGUUUUCCAGCAAGAGGAAUCGUUAGAAAAGCAAAUGAAGGUUCAAGUUCCUGGAUAGUUGCAUAUGCAGAAGCUCAGCAUAACAAAUUCAAAGCUUCUUUUAAACCUGAGAAGCAAGUUCAGAUUCAGAAACAGGUGGUCAAUGCCACUCCUUCAGCAACAGCCACACUUGAUGGUGUAAAACAAGGGCCAAGUCAGAGUGGAACACUUGAUGGAAAAUAUUUGCUAUGGAGACACCAUGUUGAAUCUCCACUGGACUUAUGCAGUAUUAACGUAUCAGACCGUGAGUUGGACAAUGUUAUUGAAGAAGACUUUAAAGAGUUUGUUAAUGUGGCUUAUCUAAAUGCUGCAGAAAACCUUUUGCCCUUCUGUCCAUUCACCAAUUUUCCUAACUUAAGAGAACUUGAACUACCUGUUAAUGGACUUCGUAAUUUGAAAGUUAAACCAGGAGACUUUCCUAAUCUGCAGGUACUUGAUCUAUCAUACAACAACCUGAGUGCACAAGAUGUGUUGAAUCUUGGAGUUCUACCAAGAUUGAAGGUUCUUACUUUAACAGGAAAUGGCCUGCAUUCCAUUCACCCUGAUAUGGCAAGACCAUUUAUUAUUGCAAGAGAGAACAGUUCAAAUGAUUCUACAAACUCCACUGAUGAAGAUGUAGUUGGAAGAUUUCAAAACCUUGAAGUUUUACUUCUCGAUGACAACCAUUUAUCGGAUCUUUCUACAUUUGCCUCCCUUGCUGCGUUAACGCAACUCAAAGAGCUUAAUUUGGACAAGAAUAACAUACAAGUUAUACCACAUUUAAGGGUUGUAGGUGAUCGUGUUUUGUCCGAAGUCCAUUCAUCCAUUGGUCAAGCUAAAUCUACAGCUUCGAAAUCAAGUGGAAGAAAAAGUCGGAGUUCACGUAGAACUGCAAGUGCAAGUAAACCCCCAACCACAGACCUGCCACAAGACAAGCGAAACAUGGCAACUUCCACUACAUUCCUACAGGAACAAAAUGAACAACCUGAGUCUCAUGUUUCACUCAACACACCUGAUGUUUCUGUCCUUCCUUCAACACCUAACCCACCGUUUCAACAUUUAAGGUUGCUGAGUAUUGCAAAUAACAAUCUAGCAGAAGAAGAAUGUGUUCUAGCUGUUGCAUCAUGGCCAAGAUUGAAGCAUCUUAUUUUGAACGGGAAUCCAAUUGUAAAAACUACAAGCGGAGAACCUCCCUUAAUAUCCCAUUACCUACACAAGCGACUAGGAAUCAGCAUUCAUAGAUCUGAGAAGAAGUUAACUCCAAGCAAACCGCACAUUCUAAUGCCAACUGACAAGGAAAGAAAAGUCUCUUCCUUCGUGCCCAAGAUUCCCAAACAACCAGUAGAUGUUCUUCUAAACUCACUUACUGCUCCCAAACCAAACCUAAUACCCCGCCCACCAAGCCAACCUAAACCACUCACCAAAGAAUUUGUUAAACUGCCGAGUAUACCCCAACAACAAGACACUUCCGCACAAGAGGAGAGCGUAUUCUUAACCCAAGUUGAUGAAAUUCCUCAAGAACAAACACAACAAAUACCCAAACCACAGGUUCUGAAGAAAAGCACAAAAGUAAACGAAAAGAAAGAAGAAACUGUAAUUGAUUUAAAUAAUUACGAAAUAUUAAUGGAUGCAAGACCAGAUUCCAGCUUACAUGAACCGAUAGGUAUUCAAGGCAAUGUGCGAGCACUCCACCACCUGCUAUCACACCAGACUGUGUUUCGAACAAGUGACGUUACUUUAGACCGUGUCCUACCAUGUUAUAAAGCCAAGUCAACACGUCAUAGUAAAGCAAUGGCUGUGGCACGUGAGAGGGGGAAAAUAAAACUUCCUACGAAAAAGGAACAGCUUGCAGUUGCUCUUUCUAAUAUACGCAACAGGGAUGUUGCAGCCACUGAAAUUCCCCUUACAGAUGCUCUCAAUAUGUCAUCCGAUGUAAUAUCUCAGGAUGAAGCUGAUGACCUUUUAAGAGAUGUGGAAGAGAAGUAUAGAGUUGUUCGUGAAGAAUCUUUGCGAGCAUCGCGUCAAGCCCAGCGUGCGUUUCGAGAAGCCAAAGACGCUGUACAGAGUUUGCAAGAGUAAUUUUACUGUCCCCCGUUUUUCUUCUAUGUAAACGCGAUACUUUUUUAACUGCUGUUGUUUCAGCUGACUGUGAGUUUUGUGUACAUAGCGGGUCGUUAAGAAUAUUCAAUUUAUUUUUACUAUGUUUGUCUUCUGUCCACCAGUUUGAAUAGAUGUGAGUUUCUAACGUCGGUAUACGUAUGCACUUACAGUGCUGUGAGUUUUGUCUUUAUAUUAUGUACAACGUGAUGCUUAAUACAAAAAGAAAACGCGCGACA